AGAAUGCUUCGUAUAGCCGUCCUUCUUGUAGGCCUAGGCCAAACAUUGGCCUACAAGAAUCCGUACUAUGCGGAAGGCCAUUCCACCAUGGUGCACCUAUUCGAGUGGAAAUGGGAUGACAUCGCUGAUGAAUGCGAGCGGUUCCUUGGCCCGAAGGGAUACGGUGGUAUUCAGAUUUCUCCCCCCAACGAAAAUGUAAUAAUCUGGGCCCAAAACCGCCCGUGGUGGGAGCGCUACCAGCCGAUUUCCUACAAAUUAGUAACCCGAUCGGGCGACGAGCAACAGUUCUCUGACAUGGUCCGCCGUUGCAAUGAUGCUGGAGUAAGGUGUGUUAAUUAACUUAAUAAUGCUACAGAGGU